CAGUAGGCUGGGAUCUGUCUCUCUGUCGGGCUGUCUCUCGCUAGGUUCUGUCUCCCUCUCUGUUCCAGAUGGCCACUUCUGACUGGCGAAGGGAGUACACACCGAUUGGUAGAGAUAAGCGGAAGCAUCCGCUGAAUGUCCGAAAGGGAAACGUCAAUCUCAUCGCCCUGACGGACGUUCCGACGGGAUCCGCGGGAAAAGGGAAGCCGCUGGUGUAUAAGGUGCUGUGUGUGAGCCGGGAAUACCAGCGUGACAGCUUGCCCUCCUGGUCCUGCUACAUUUUUUUUAUCGAUUGAGGGAGGGAGGAACAGAAAAAAGCGUUCAUUCGAUUCCUCCCGUUUGUUCGUUUUGUCGGCAUGUGUCUAAGUCACUGGAGGUCUCAAAUCCAAAUCGGUCGCCAAAAGACGUGCCCCCUGUCAGUAAUGUGGUAGAGCCCUGGUCCUAACUGCCACCAUCGUCCUCUUCGGCCCCCCCCCCCCCACCCCCCCCACCCACCAAGAUGUCCUCCUCAUGCGGCCCCCCCACCCUGCUCCACCUCCAGGAGGUGGGCUCCCCCAGGACCUCGGAGUGCGUCGGGGCCCCCCUCUACGGGCCCCCGGGGGGCCUGGGCCCUCACACCGUCUGCAUCCCCUCGCCGUACGCGGACUGCAGCCAGGACUAUGCCCCUCCCCCCCACGGACCCCUCACCUUCUACGGCUCCUCCCUCAUGGCCUACGAGCGGCAGCCAAUGGGAGAGCCGGGCUCCGGCUCCGGCCCGCCCCUCAGCCCCUCCCUCUUCUGGCCGACGCAGACCCCCCACCAGGAGAUGACGUCGCUGGCGCUGCACGGCGCGCCCCAGCCCCCGCCGAUGUACGGGGAGCCCCCCGCCGAGGGCCAGCUUGGGGGGCCCUGGGUGGAGGCCAAGCCCCUGGGGCUGGGCUCCAACAGAUCGCUGCUGUCGUCCAAUAAGAUGGCGGGGAAGCGGCAGGAGGAGAGGCCGCUGGGCGGGUCCGGGGGGCGCGCUGACAUGCACUUCUGCGCGGUGUGCCAGGACUACGCGUCCGGGUACCACUACGGGGUGUGGAGCUGUGAGGGCUGCAAGGCCUUCUUCAAGCGGAGCAUCCAAGGACAUAACGACUACAUCUGCCCGGCCACCAACCAGUGCACCAUCGACAAGAACCGCCGGAAGAGCUGCCAGGCCUGUCGCCUCCGGAAGUGCUACGAAGUGGGCAUGAUGAAGUGUGGGGUGAGGCGCGAGCGCUGCAGCUAUCGCGGCGCACGCCAGCGCCGCGCCGCGGGCGUGGACCCGGCGGCGGCGGCGGCGGCGGCAGCAGAGGGAGCGGGAGGGGGGGGCGGCCGGGGCGGGGCCCUAGUGGGGCUGGGGGCCCAGCAGGGGGGGCUCCACCUGACGGGCCCCCUGCUGUCCUUCCUGCCCCCCCUGGGCCAGGCGGAGCACCGCGACCCCCCCGCGAUGAGCCCGGAGCAGUUCAUCAGCUGCAUCAUGGAGGCGGAGCCUCCGGACAUCUACCUGAGGGAGGACCUGAAGAAGCCCUUCAACCAGAGCAGCAUGAUGAUGUCACUCACACACCUGGCCGACAAGGAGCUGGUGCUCAUGAUCAGCUGGGCCAAGAAGAUACCUGGGUUUGUGGAGCUGAGUCUAGCCAAUCAGAUCCAGCUGCUGAAGUGCUGCUGGCUGGAGGUCCUGAUGCUGGGCCUGAUGUGGAGGUCCGUGGACCACCCCGGGAAGCUCAUCUUCUCGCCAGACCUCAAGCUCAACAGGGAGGAGGGGAGCUGCGUGGAGGGCAUCAUGGAGAUCUUUGACAUGCUGCUGUCGGCCACGUCCCGCUUCAGGGAGCUCAAUCUGCAGAGGGAGGAGUACGUGUGUCUGAAGGCCAUGAUCCUCCUCAACUCCAACAUGUGCACCAGCGUCCCGGAGACGGUGGAGGAGGUUGAGAGCCGCGGCCGGCUGCUACGGCUGCUGGACCUGGUGAUCGACGCGCUGGUCUGGGCCAUCUCCAAGCUGGGCCUCUCCACCCAGGAGCAGACCCUGCGUCUGGGACACCUCACCAUGCUGCUGUCUCACAUACGCCACGUCAGCAACAAAGGCAUGGACCACCUAUCCACCAUGAAGAGGAAGAACGUGGUGUUCGUCUACGACCUUCUCCUGGAGAUGCUGGACGCCAACACCUCCACCUCCACCUCCAGCGGCGAUCCCAUGACCUCCCCGUCCUCCACCUCUGACGCCUCCUCCCACCAGCCCACUGGGCCGGACCAGCAGGGCUCGGGGGAUUCCGCCAUGAGCACCAGCCCCGAGCAGAGCACCCUCCUCAGUCACACCCAGGACCAGGCCCUGUCCCUGGGGUCCCAGCUCCUGGACCAACCCCCCCAGGGACCUCCACCACCAGAGCCCCUGGGAGCCUGCCCCGCUAUGGAGGGAGAUGGGUUCAUCCAUGGGAUGCAGUGGCCGGGGGCGGAGCCUCCCCUGGGGGCGGAGCCUGACUACAGUCUGGGUGGGGCCCAGGCCAUGGACACUAUCUGAGGACCGGGUCCAGGGGCAAGACCCGUUCCAGGGGGAGAAUGGCACCGACGUAAGCUAGGAAUGAAGAGACUUGGACUGACCCAUUGCGGAACUUUUGGUGGGGUCGGCUUAGCUCAGGAGGUGGAGCAGUUGUCUUGUAACUAGGGUUGCCGCGGUGUGGACAUCUUCACACCGAGUAAUACGCUCGUGUCAACACCGGUAUUACCGGUAUAAACGGUAUUAACUUUGAAACUAUAGGUCA